CUCCUCCCCCCGCCUUUUCUCAGUUCACCUCAAAUCAAAUAACUAGAGCAACGCAUUCAGGAGUUCCUGCCAGAGGAUAAUUGCUGCCUGCCAGCGCGAGCACAUUGCAACAUAACAUAGCGCACAUCCGCAUUCCUCUCCGCUCGUUUGACUUGAUCGCCGACCCGUCCCCUACCGUCAGACACCACUAUCGAGCCCGCAUUCAUCGUCUCUCACCUCGUCACCACUCCGCACAGAAUUUCGCAAUAUUCAAGAGGUCGCUGAGGGUCUGGGACCACGGAACUCUACGAUAUCGUUAGUCAGAGCCGCAGAAAUUCGCCGGGACCAAUAUGUCGUCCGCCCCGACGGCAGAGAUGACUCCUGCGGAGGCUGAAUCCGUCUACUUCAACAACUACCCUCCCCCCAAAGCUCUCCCGAAGCACGAAGCUCUUGCACGGGCUUUUGUCGACUUUCAUGUGCAAGCCGGCCGGCGCCUGGUGCUCGUCACCUCGGGAGGCACCACUGUUCCUCUGGAGAACCAAACCGUGCGAUUCAUCGACAACUUCAGUGCUGGCACUAGAGGUGCUGUAUCGGCGGAGUACUUCCUGCAACAGGGCUAUGCGGUGAUUUUCCUCCACCGGCAGUUCAGCCUGCUGCCAUACUCGAGACACUACAGCCACUCAACCAACUGCUUCCUCGAUUUCAUGGACGAAGACGAGUCCGACACGGAGAACAACCGCCCGGUCGUCGUGUGCAAGGAAUACCAGGAUCAGAUGCGAGAUGUGUUGCGCAAGUACAAAUAUGCCAAACGAAACAACCUCCUCUUACUUCUCCCCUUCACAACCAUCUCGGAAUAUUUGUUCGAGCUGCGGUCACUGGCGCAAUUGAUGAAGCCUCUGGGUCCCAAUGCUCUGUUCUACUUGGCGGCGGCGGUGAGUGAUUUCUUCAUUCCCCGCGAUCGCAUGUCCGAGCACAAGAUUCAGUCGUCGGAAUUGCCGAGCCACCUGGCAAGCGGUCAGACCGAAGCUUUGUCAGACAUAUACACCGGAGGACUGGAGCCCCAACCAGAACCGAAUCGAAGCAAGAAGCUGGUCAUUGAUCUGGACCCUGUGCCCAAGUUUCUCCACCGGCUGGUUGACGGCUGGGCCCCCGACGGAAGCAUGGUAGUCUCCUUCAAGCUGGAAACCGACCCCAAUCUGCUGGUGUACAAGGCGCAGACUGCCCUGCAGCGGUAUGCGCAUCAUUUGGUGAUUGGAAACUUGCUGGCCACCCGCAAAUGGGAGGUGGUAUUUGUCACACGGGAGCCCCCAUAUGAGCGAUGGAUUCGAGUGCCUAAAGCGCGGCGCAGCAAGAGCAUCUCCGGCAGUGAAGACCAGGUUGGGUUGGCCGAGGCCAAGCGGGCGGGCGAAGAAGCGGCGCUGACGGGAGAAAGCAGUGGGGGCGACCGGCGAGCCCCCGAGGUGGUCACCACCGCAGAAGAAGGCGUCGAGAUCGAGAGUUUGAUCAUUCCGGAGUUGGUCAAUUUACAUUCCAACAAGAUCGCCCAGUACAAAGUAGCAUAG